UGUACAUUCACCAUCUAAAGCCGGAAUUAUGUGUCCAAAAACGAUUUAUACGGCCGAUACUACUACCUUGGCCAACGGACACCGUUACUUAGUUAUUUGGCUGUUAUCUUACCUACUUAAUUACAUUGUACUACUGAGCCUUGUGUACACAUGUUUAUUUAGUUUACUUGGUCUACCAUCUCUAUCUCUGUCUCAAGUUAUCGAUUUUGGUCAUUCAAACAGUCAAGAAGUCAAUCCCAGCCCCAGUUGACGCUAUCUCCACAAUCACUGUUAUGUAAAUGUUUGGGUCCGAUGAGAGUUACCGAAAAGAAUUCUUUACCCUGAAAUGAUUUCUGAUAUUGAUUCAUAUUAAUGAAAUGGGAAUCUUUGCUUUGCUGAAGAUCAGCAUUGCCCGUGAUUCAUUGAAACUCUUAAAUGAGUAUCUGAAGUUCAAUACUCGGCUGGAAGAAUCCAGGGUCGAAUUGGAAUUCCUCAAUGAAUGCGUGCAGGCAAACCGCUAUCCAAAGCACUUUUGGAGGGAAAUACGGCGGUGUGGCCUCUACCCAAACGCAAAAACCUUGAAGAGACAUGCACUCAAUUAUGUGGAUACCAUCCGCGUUAAGAUGUCGGAGCUGGAGAGAUUCAUUUCGCAAAGAUUAACAGCUGUGUUAUGCCUGCCUGAAGACUUGAGACAGCCUUUUGAGGAAUAUGUAGAACUGGUUAAACAGAAAAUGGGAGUAAGGAAACAAAAGAAGUUAGUUAGUACGCUUAAUAGCCAUGUCCCCCAGUUGACAUUUCCGAAUAACCCGCAGCGAUAUGUGUUUAACCUUUCAAGUGUGAUACUAACCCAGACGCAGCUGAACGUGUUGUCAUUAGGUCCAAAGUUUUGCAUACCAUGUAAGAAAAUAGAUCAGGCGGCUUUAGAGGUGCAGUUUGAAAGCCUAAUUGCUCAGACUAAAGACCUGCUUCCAACCUCAUCAAGUGAUGUUGAGAAUCUAAAAUCUAGCCUAGUUCAUAGUUGCCACGAAUACGUUAAGACCAAACCAUCUAGUAAUAGUAUUAUCACUAGGGAACAAAUCCAGUCACUUAAAGAGCUACGGUUAAACAACGAAUUAAUAAUCUCUAAGCCAGACAAGGGCUCCGGCAUAGUGCUAAUGGAUAGGGUGGAUUAUAUCCAUAAAAUGCAACACAUCCUCAGUGAUGAGAGUAAGUUUCAGAGGCUCAUGACAGGAAAAGACAACACAGGAGAGUUAGAGAAACAGCUAACCGGCUGCCUCAGGCGAAUGAUGCAAGCCAAACUUAUCACGAAGAACGAAUUCGAAAAGCUGAAGCCUUCAGGUGGACACCUACCGAGAUUAUAUGGCCUACCUAAAGUUCACAAGGAAGGCGCCCCAAUGCGCCCAAUCUUGGACAUGGUGGGUUCUCCUCAGCAUUUGUUGGCCCAGUGGAUGGUGGCGAAGCUGCAGCCGUUACGGAAUUUGGUUUGUACUUACUGCGUGAGAGACACGUUCGAAUUCAUUGAGAGGAUAUCUGAAAGCAACCUUGUUAACAAAAGGAUGAUAUCAUUCGAUGCCCAGUCGCUGUUCACAAACAUUCCAUUGCUCGAAACCGUGGAUUACGUAUGCGAGCUUGCUCGGCAACUGCCCAUAUACACAACUUUUCCGGAGAAUUUGCUAAAGGAGGUGUUACUUCGUUGCACGUUAAAUGUUCAGUUCACUUUCAAUGGUGAAAUGUACCGUCAGAUUGACGGAGUGGCCAUGGGAUCUCCUUUGGGGCCGCUGCUGGCUGAUAUAUUCAUGGCGAAAUUGGAACAUGGCCCACUUGCAACGCACAUCCGUGAAACCGAAAUGUACGUACGGUAUGUGGAUGACACCUUCGUACUUUGCAAAUCCGAAAAGCAUGCGGAACAGUUGCUGAAAGCUUUCAAUGACGCACACAAGAAUCUCCAUUUCACUUGUGAACACGAACUCGGAAACCGGUUACCUUUCUUGGAUGUAGAGGUUAUCCGUAACUCAGACGGAUCAUGCAGCAGAAAGGUACACAGAAAGCACACAUGGACUGGGCAGUACACUAACUUCCACAGCGCAGUACCACUACAGCACAAGCGGAGUUUAAUCAGAUCUCUCGCCUUCAGGGCGCGCAGUAUUUGUACACCGGAUACCGUCAACGAAGAACUACAGAGAAUCAGCGACGCCCUCAGGAAAAUGGCUAUCCUGAUAAAUUUAUCAUGAAACAUUUGAAGGAACGUAAUCGAAAGCCACCUAGGAGCAUUGCUCCUAAGAAAGAGCUUUUCAUACAUAUACCCUUUAAGGGCGAUUCUGCAGCUGAUAUGUUAUCCAGACGCCUGAAAGAUGCUGUCGAGAAAACUUAUUUCGCGGCCCGCCUGAGAAUCGUUUUUCACAAUAAGCCGUUGCUUACAAAACCCUUGAAGGAUAGACUACCGCCGUUGACCCGUUCAAUGAUCAUUUAUCAGUACUCGUGCUCCUGUGGUGCACGAUACGUGGGUCGCACGACGAGACGCCUAUCUCAGAGGGUUCGUGAACACAUCCCGGCAUGGUUUUACAGAGGCGAAAUGAGGUCUUCAGACAGCUCUAUCAUGUCGCACCUCCUUGAAUGUGGCCAUACAGCUUCAGAGAAUGACUUCAAAGUCAUUUACUCAUUACCUGAACACUUCUCCCAAGGAUUCCGCAAACAGCUCUUAUCCAUCGCCGAGGCUAUGUACAUUCACCAUCUAAAGCCGGAAUUAUGUGUCCAAAAACGAUUUAUACGGCCGAUACUACUACCUUGGCCAACGGACACCGUUACUUAGUUAUUUGGCUGUUAUCUUACCUACUUAAUUACAUUGCACUACUGAGCCUUGUGUACACAUGUUUAUUUAGUUUACUUGGUCUACCAUCUCUAUCUCUGUCUCAAGUUAUCGAUUUUGGUCAUUCAAACAGUCAAGAAGUCAAUCCCAGCCCCAGUUGACGCUAUCUCCACAAUCACUGUUAUGUAAAUGUUUGGGUCCGAUGAGAGUUACCGAAAAGAAUUCUUUACCCU